CAAUGUGUUUUUUGCCUGGUUUCGAUAUGAGGUCACAGUUUCACCCUCAAGCUGGGAAAAGGCAUUUUAUGGAAAUGUCUGCUUGUCAGUAACCUCAGUUUCCAGCGCCUCCCUCAUUACCGCCGUCAAGUGUUUACAGUGUCUUCAUUAGCAGCCAGCCCUCUAUUGAUAACAAAGCUUUAAAGAAGGCAUAAACGACAGUGAUAAGCAUGGCCAAGCUACUAUUUUGGUUGACACAAGUCCCCCUGUUUACUCUGGGAGCAUGGGAGCGGACAUCAGGACUGUGAUCCCGGCAUUGGGGAUCUUCAUUUUCAAACUGUGCCACCGCAAAAGUCUGCUUUCAAACAGGGAAGAAGGUAAAGUUUUUGCCAGUUCAGUGGCUUAGAAAAAAAACUUUAACAAAAUGCAGAUCUCCAGAACCUUUCUGUUCCGGUUGUGUUUGAGUUUGGUGAUUUCGACCGGCUCCUGCACCUGUAAGCCUCUCACUAAUGACAUCCAAGGCGAGGACCUGGAGGAAAUCUACUCUCAGCUGACAGAGGACUUUCUGGAAGAGGAAGAUGCAGACUCGAGGAUGGAGAACCUCCUCGGAACCAUGAAGGAGGGCUUACUGAGGCAACUCAACCUGUCAGAUGUUCCUCAGGAGCACAACAAGAUCUUCCCCCCUCAGUUCAUGAUGGAGUUGUACAACAAGUACGCCUCGGGCAGCUUGGCAGUACCUCAGUCUGAUGUCAUACGAAGUUUCUCUGUCCAAGAUAUCACUCUCUCUAUGACAGAUGGCACAAAGACCAAACACAGGCUGCAGUUCAAUGUCAGCAUCCCCAGCCAUGAAAAGAUCACCACUGCAGAGCUACAGCUCCUCUUCUUCCCCGAUGCCGGGUUGAAGGUCACUCCCCACAGUUUCAAGGCCAUCGUCAAAGUCUAUGAAGCUGAUUACAACAAUUUCACAUCCCAGCUACUCGUCGGCAAAGUGGUGAAAGGCUCACAGAGCACAUGGGAGACAUUCGAUGUGACCACAGCGAUUCAGAGGUGGAUCAGGUCGGGACGUGCAGCUACAGUGUUUGAUAUAGUGGUGGAUAAGAAGCACUGCGGGGCCCCUGAUAGUGGAGAGGAAGGAACCAGCUGUUUAAACAUGAGCCUGUCUGUUGGAGAUAAUACCUCGGCAGCUUUAAUAGUCUUCUCAGAUGACCUUGGUAGCAGGAGGAGGGAGACGAAGAAAGAGCUAAGAGAGAUGAUCCUUCAUGAAGAAGAAACCAUCCUGCACUCGGGGGCCGACUGGAGCAGAGGAAAUCAACUUCCAAACGAGAUCCCGGAGGCUCAGCACCCACGGAGAAAGAAAAGAAAGGCAGAGAGGGAAUACUGCCGGAAAACCUCGCUCAAGGUCAACUUUAGAGACAUCGGCUGGGACAGCUGGAUCGUGGCGCCUCCAGAAUAUGACGCCUUUGAAUGUCGAGGAAUGUGUUACCACCCGCUGACGGAUGAAUCGACCCCGUCAAAGCACGCCCUCAUCCAGACACUGAUGAACAUCAAAGACCCCAGAAAGGCCAACAUGGCAUGUUGUGUCCCCAUCAAACUGGACCCCAUCACAGUCAUGUAUCAGGAGAAUGGACGACUCACCAUCAGAUACCUGUACGAGGAGAUGAAGGUGGCAGAAUGUGGCUGCAGGUAGUCAGAGAGGGCUGGUUUGUCCUGCUGCUAGCAGAGAUGAACAUGAGUCUAAAAAGAGGUGUUGCAAUAUACCAGCAUUGACGAUGACCAUGGUAUUUAAUGAAAUAUUGAUGUAAUGCUAAUAUACCAAAUGAUAAUGUAAAUAAUUAAAUGUCAAUUAUUAUCUGGUUUGCAAUCCAACACAGGAACAACAUACAGUACGGAUGUGGUUACAGACUCUCUCUGCCUCUCAACAUUCCUAUUUUGAGUGUAAUUAAUUUGCCAAACAAGAGACAAAACACAAUAAACAAAGCUGAAGAGGAUCUUGGUGAUUUUUUUAUUUGCUUGUUUGUUUGUAUUUUUGUUUUCACAGAUAUUGCAAUAGUAUUGUUUCUGUGAAUUGUUUUUCGGCACCAUUAUUCAUGAUGGGGAAAUCUGAUAUGUGCUAAAUCUGAUUUUCAUUCAGUUCAGUCUGAUGUUCUCCUCCAUACCCUCCACUGGUCCAAGAAGACACAUGGAAAUCCAUAUACAACCAUGCCUCCAUCUGCAUUAUUUCACAUUUAUCAGCCACAAUCACACAAUUACCUAAUGCUCAUUCUGUGUUCUGAGUGUUGUUUUGUUUAGUUUUGAUCAAUAAUUCUCAACUAUUUUUAAACACAAAAAACAUAAUUCUCGGUGUUUCGGUGUCUUAACAGUAUGACCAAGAACACAUAGCAUCAAAUGCUGUUUCCAAAUUUGGCAGACUUACCGUGGAUGUAGCUAAUAUGCUAACAAGGAAACUAAUGAGCUCGCUGGCACUUACCUUCAAUACAUGAAGGGAACACGGUAAAGUCAUCUCAUUCAUAAGGGUAUUAUCAGAAUUAAAGUUACAUGAAUAAUAUAUGAAAACUGACAGUGGGAAUUAUUUUAUGUUCUGCUUUCAGGGAAUGCGAUUGCUUGAAUGGUAAUAGCGUCAGAGUUCAUUUCAUUGGCCACAAAGAACAGAAUAGAAUAGAAGAUUUGUUAUAACCCAUAGACUGAAUAUGAGUCUGAAACUGAAGCCAAUGUGGAAGUGUAUUAAACCUGCAUUCUUUUCUGCAGCCAGCAGGGGGCGACACCUCUGGAAGACUGAUUGUAUAGAAGUCUCUGAGAAAAUGCCCCUACUUCUCACUUCAUCUGUUACAUCAGUAAACAUUUUCCUAUUGAGUUUACAGUUCCAAUCACUUGUUUCAAGUUUCCUUCAGUACAGCAUGUGUUUAUUAAAUUAUGGUUCCAUUUAGAAGACAAUGGGCAGUAAAGCUGGGGAUGUUUUAGGGUGUGGCUACCUUUUGAUCUGACAAUUAGCUACCGUAUCAGUGUGCAUGUUGUCUUUGAGUUCUCAGUCAGAUCCACCCUGCAUGACCAUGGCCAAAUUUCAUUCAUAUAUAUGUCACUAUCAAGUCCUAUGAUAACAAUUUUGGGUUUCACUUUUCGUCAGAUGGUUUGAGAACCAAAUGAACAUACAGGGCCUUGUUGAAAUGUUUUUUGUGGUAAACUAAAAGGAACAGGCACAGUUUAUAUUUAAUUCUUAUUUGUAUAUAAAAGCUUUCCAUUUAGGUGUAUUGGAUUAAUGUGUUCAACUUUAAAACUAAUAAAAUUGUAUUUCUAUUUUGAAGUAAUGUAAAAAAAAAAAAAAAAAGGAACACAUGCAUGUAAAAUAAUGUUAAAAAAUAUAUAUAUGUGAUUUUUAAACAUAAAUGGUGUUGGCUUCUUUUAAGUUUCAUUAGUAAAUUUAAUUACUAUUACAACAAGUACAAGGACAUUUUAUUUUUGUAAAAGUUUUAAGAGGAUUCAUUGGUAAUGAUACUCUGGUCAAACACAUAAAAUAACAUUUAGUCACUGCUCAUCUGUUAAUGCUUAUGUAAAUCUGUAUACUACUAUUGGAAGUGUACUUUGUUUAUAUUGACAUAUACCUUGAAAUACUCUGUAAAUUGCUGCCAUACAAACUUGAACUGCUUAUACAUGCAUUCUACAUUCUGCCAUGAAAUAAGUUGUCUCUAUAUAAGCUAUACAGUAUGGCAGUAGUAAACUCCUGCAGAGAUAAGUCUGUAUCUGUAUUCAUGUUUGUUUUGACAAAAUCAUCCAGACAAUGAUGGAAAAUUAAAAAGAAAAAAAAAGUUCAAUAAAAUGUGUUUUCCUCUGUG